AUGGAAUGCGGAAAGAGCUUCAGUCAAAGGUCCAAUCUCACAACCCAUCAAACAAUUCAUACGGGAGAGAAACCGUAUCAGUGUUUGGAAUGUGGAAAGAACUUCAGGAAGAAAGCUAAGCUUAAGAAAAUCCAUAGAGGGGAGACACCAUAUAAGUGCUUGGAAUGUGGAAAGAGCUUCAGUAACAGGCAUGUGCUCAAGGCCCAUCAAAGAAUUCAUACAGGAGAGAAACCAUAUCAGUGCUCGGAAUGUGGAAAGAGCUUCAGUCAGAAGGCUGUGCUCAUGGCUCAUCAAAGCAUUCACACAGGGGAAAAACCAUAUCAGUGCUCAGAAUGUGGAAAGAGCUUCAGUCAGAAAGCUAAGCUCAUGGCUCAUCAAAAAAUUCAUACAGGAGAGAAACCUCAUAAGUGCUUGGAAUGUGGAAAGUGCUUCAGGCAGAGGGCUCAUCUAAAGGAUCAUCAAAGCAUUCAUACAGAGGAAAAACCAUAUCAGUGCUCAGAAUGUGGAAAGAGAUUCAGGCGGAAGAAUAUUCUCACUUCCCAUCAAACAAUUCAUACUGGGGUGAAACCAUAUCAGUGCUUGGAAUGCGGAAGACACUUCAGUCAUAGGUCCCAUCUCACUUCUCACCAAAUAACUCACAGUGGAAAGAAACCCCAUCACUGUUUAGAAUGUGGAAAGAGCUUUAGUCACAGGGCUGUGCUGAAGGCCCAUCAAAGAAUUCAUACAGGAGAGAAACCAUAUCAGUGCUUAGAAUGUGGAAAGAGCUUCAGGAAGAGGAGCUAUCUCACUUCCCAUCAAACAACUCAUACUGGGGUAAAACCAUAUCUCUGCAUGAAAUGUGGAAAGACUUUUAGUCGGAAGGAUAGUCUCACUUUACAUGAAAGAAUUCACAGAAUAGAAGAACCGUGUAAAAGCUUCAAAUGUGGAAUGGACUUUGUUAAGGGAUCCCAGUUUACUUCCCAUCAAAUAACACAUAGUGGUGAGAAAGCAUACCAGUGUUUGGAAUGUGGAAAGAGCUUCAAGUGGAAGAGAAGUAUCAUUUCCCAUCAAAGCAUUCAUACAGGGGAGAAACCAUAUCAGUGCUGGGAAUGUGGGAAGAGCUUUUCCUGGAAGACAAAUCUCAUUUCCCAUCAGAGAAUUCAUAAAGGGGAGACACCGUUUCAAUGUUUGGAAUGUGGGAAAAAAUUCAGUCAGAAGUAUACCCUUACUUCACAUGAAAGAAUUCACAGAGGGGAGGGACAAUAUAAGUGCUUUGAAUGUGGAAGGAGUUUCAGUAGGGGCUCCCACCUCUCUUCCCAUCAAAGAAUUCAUACAGGGGAGAAACCAUAUCACUGCUUGGAAUGUGGGAAGAGCUUCAAUAGGAAGAAAAGUCUCACGUCCCAUCAAAUAACUCAUUCAACAGAUGAAACCUAUCAGUGCUUGGAAUGUGGAAAGAGCUUCAAAUCAAAGAGAAGUCUCACUUUACAUCAGAGAAUUCAUACAGUGGAGAAACCAUAUCAAUGCCAGGAAUGUGGAAAGAGCUUCAGUCGGAAGGAACAUCUCACUUCCCAUCAAACAAUUCACAGUGAAGAGAGACCAUAUCAGUGCUUGGAAUGUGGAAAGAGCUUCAAAUCAAAGAGAAGUCUUACUUUACAUCAAAUAAUUCAUACUGGGGAGAAACCAUAUCAGUGCCAGGAAUGUGGAAAGAGCUUCAGUCGGAAGGAACACCUCACUUCCCAUCAAACAAUUCACCGUGAGGAGAGACCAUAUCAGUGCUUGGAAUGUGGAAAGAGCUUCAAAUGGAAGAAAAGUUUCACAUUCCAUCAAAGAAUUCAUACAGGGGAGAAACCCUAUAAGUGUUUGGACUGUGGAAAGAGCUUCAUGCAGAGGUCUAAGAUGACAAAACAUCAAAGAACCCACAGCAAGGAGAAUCAUAGUAUUUGAAGAUGGCUGACACAUCUCCUAAUCUCCUCUUUUCAAGGCUAAACAUAGCCAACUGAGACCUCUGGGUAUAGGGCGAUAUAUCAUUUUGAUCUCCCUUCUCUGCAUGUGUUCCAGCUUCACAAUAUCCUUCUUUUAUUGUGGCGUCCAGAACUGGACCCUGUACUCCAGGUGUGUUCUAACCAAGGCAGAAGGGAGUGGUAAUAUUACUUCUGAUGAUCAGGAUGCCAGGUGUCUGUUGAUGCAGCCUAAAACAGCAUUAGCUUAUUUUGCUGCUGCCUCACAUUGUUGACUUGUGUUAAUCUUGUGGUGUACUAAGACCCCUAGGUCCUUUUCACAUGUACGGGCGUCAAGCCUGGGGUUCAUCAUAGAAUUGUAGAAUUGCAGAGUCCUGAGAGACCGCAAGAGUCAUUGUUCAACCCUCCGCAAUGCAGGAAUCUCAAGUAAAAGCAUCCCUGACAAAUGGGCAUCCAAGCUCUGCUGAAAAAUUCUAACGAAGA